GUGUAAAGCAUGGUAUGGAGCCUCUCCCAAUAGAAGAUAUCAGAAGUCACUGCUCCAAAUGGGCCACCAGCCUUGUCCAGUUUGUACAAGAGCACCUACCUGGAAUUCUGAAGGAAAUAGGAGGAUUUCGGAGUCUGGCCACUAUCAGGGAGAAUCUCUAUGAGGAACUGGGCGAGGAUUUGCAUUUCAAGUCAUGGAUUCCCUUGUGUGAAUGGGUCUUAGGAGGCAAAGAGGGCAAUAUCCAAGAAAUCUGGCCACUGCUUAUCGCUCCUACCUUUUCUAGCCGAGCCAAGUCUCUCCUGGACAAAAAGAUCCAAAGCAACAUUGUUCAGCCCAUUGCAGAGCAUCUUCACUGCUUUCUUGAAGACAUCAGCCAGAAGCCUGAAUACUGGAUUCAUAGACAGAGGGCAGGGUUGGAUCUGAAUUGGAACUGGGAAGAGAUUCAGAUCGAAGAAGAAAGUGAAACAGGGGAAAAGGUAUCUUCAGAGAUUCGAAUCCCUGGAAUUCCAUCUUUGGCCCUUUCUGCUGUCCUUCAGGAUCUCUGCCUGUCCCUCAAGCGGGCUGGAAGCUUUGUCUUUCCCAAUGACGUCUGUGAGGAGAUGCGAAGAGAGACCCUGUUGGCUGUGCUAUCCCACUACAACCGACUCUUGGAGGAAACGCCAGAGGAUGCCAUCACACAGCCAAUGGCACUCCAGUUGCUCUUUGAUGUCCGAUUUGCCCUCCUCCUGCUCCAAUCUUCUGAAAAGGUCACAACUUGUCUUGUGAGACCUUCCUCCAUUGAACAGUGUCUUGCUAUAAACUCUUAUGCCAAUGCACAGGAGGAACAGGAGAGAGGGAGGAAGUUGUGUGAUACUCUGGAGUGCCUAGUGGAUCCAUUCGAUCUG